GGCUGGGUGUGCAUCAGCCCCGGCAGGUGAAAGCAUCGUCCGAGCAGGGCGGGCGGUGCCGCCGGGCAGGGGCUCGCCCGCGGAGGAGCCGGGCGGCGGAGGCGGAGCCCACGUGUUCUGUGCGCGGCAUUUCGGUGGCGGAAAUCGCUGUAUAGAAGGCUACCUCAGCAUUUUGAUAAGCAGGCAUGGCUGUCACGCUGCAUACUGAUGUGGGAGAUAUUAAAAUUGAACUAUUCUGUGAGCGCACUCCAAAGACUUGUGAAAAUUUCCUGGCUCUUUGUGCUAGUAACUACUACAAUGGAUGCGUAUUUCACCGAAAUAUAAAGGGCUUCAUGGUUCAGACAGGGGAUCCAUUAGGCACUGGGAAAGGAGGUAACAGCAUCUGGGGCAAGAAGUUUGAAGAUGAAUUCAGUGAAUAUCUAAAGCACAGUGUCCGUGGGGUGGUUUCCAUGGCAAACAAUGGUCCCAACACCAAUGGAUCGCAGUUCUUCAUCACUUACGGCAAACAGCCACACCUGGACAUGAAGUACACGGUGUUUGGAAAAGUUAUUGAUGGCUUGGAGACCCUGGAUGAGCUGGAGAAGCUGCCAGUGAAUGAGAAAACCUAUCGACCUCUUAAUGAUGUUCGCAUUAAAGACAUUACAAUUCAUGCCAACCCUUUUGCUCUGUAGCCACAGAAUGCCUCAACGCAUUCUUCAGAGACUGGUCAGAUAAUUUGCAGAUUAUGGGGUGUAAGAGCCAUCAAAGAGGGGUACUUCAGCUGGAUCAUAUCUCUGCUCAUUGAAUGUGGAAUUUUCAGGAGCUGUGACAUUGUUUGGGAGUUGCCACAGAGAAGUCUUGUGCUUCCAAAGCCAGGUUUUCCAGAGUAUCUUCCAGCAUUUCGAUUUUUAAACAGUUUUUUAUACUUGUAAAAUAAAAACUAAAACUUUAAUUUUUUUGCUGA